AUGGUAAGUCUUGUUCUAUUGGGUGACAAUACGUUUGGAGAAUGCCCAAUUGAGGGCGUGCUGAACGGGAUGGAUCCUCCGUCGUAUCGACAGAUUCACGUGCUGGUGAUGGUUCCAAAGCAAGAAUCAUGCUUGUGGCUCGUUAGCGGAACCAUCGAGAAUGCGUUGGACACAAAAGGGAUUCGCCGCAAUUUGUAUCGGCUGGCGGCAUCACGGUUUGGACGCUACGAUCCGGCUUGCCGGAAGAAUGACAAGGAUGUUGCGUUUUGGUAUGAAGACAAGAAAUUGCGCUUUCAUGUUCUUUUUAAGAAAGAGAAAGCUGCAUUGCAAUUCAAUAAUGACUUGGCUGAGAGCACGCUAACGCUUGGCUUUCCAUUGCGUGACCAAAUAAUUACAAGAGAAUUCACACGAGUUAAAGAUGUUCCUACUGACCUGAAGUGUGUUAUGAGCACCGGCUAUGACCCACAAGAGUCAGACUCUCCGCAACACACAAUUUCAUCCGUUUCGUUGACUACAAGUGUUUCGAUUCUGGACUCCUUGACUGACGAGUUUCGAUAUCAACGGAUUGAACACGAGAGGUUUUUUUCCAUUUGGCAAGGCAGAAAGCUGUCAUUUGGUGUCGAGGAAGCAAAGCAGAGAUUACAAACGUAA